AUGUCGAAACUGGGCGAGACAGACCAGACCACCGACCACUCGAGAUGGAGACUCCGCAAUGAUCGUGGAACCCAGACGUGGCACUACCUGCGGACAGAUAAGGAGGUAGAGGAGUGGCCUCAGACUGCGGCUGAUAAAUACUUCCUCAAUCUCCCUACGGAUCUUCCGGAGCUACCAACACCUAAAACUCCCUUACAAUCUGCAUCCAAUGGCCUCAGCUACUUUUCUAAACUUCAAUUGGAGCCGGGGAAUUGGGCUUGCGAGUAUGGCGGACCCAUGUUCCUCCUACCAGGCCUCAUCGUUACCUGGUAUGUGACAAACACACCAAUUCCUCCAGAAUACGCUAUCGAGAUGAAGAGAUAUCUCUUUGCACGACAGCAUCCAGAAGAUGGCGGCUGGGGACUCCAUGUCGAAGGCCACAGCUCGGUGUUUGGUACCGCGAUGAACUACGUCGCUCUACGACUCCUCGGGGCCAGCCCGAAGGAUCCUAGAAUGGCGAAGGCUCGCAGUAAGCUGCAUGAACUGGGUGGUGCUUUAUACGGGCCUCACUGGGCUAAAUUCUGGCUCUGUGUUUUGGGAGUUAUGGGAUGGGAAUCUCUCAAUCCGGUCCCGCCCGAACUCUGGCUACUUCCCGAUUGGGUGCCAUUCGCUCCAUGGCGAUGGUGGGUUCAUAUGCGACAAGUUUUCCUUCCAAUGACCUACAUCUACUCCAAACGGUUUUCCCACCCGGCUGACUCGCUCACACGUGAAAUACGAGAAGAAAUUUAUACCCAACCUUACGAUUCCAUUAAUUUUGCCACAUAUAGAGGCUGCAUUGCUGACGCGGAUAAUUAUCACCCAAAGUCGUGGCUCUUGAAGGUCCUCUUUUGGAUUCUUGCUAACAUAUGGCCUUAUCUGCGAUGGCCUGGUCUUGUCAAAACGGCAGAGGACAGAGCUUGGUACCUGAUUAAGCGCGAGGAUGAGAAUACCGAUUAUGCAUGUCUGGGUCCUGUCAACGCUCCAAUGAAUACGAUUUGUUGCUAUAUUCAUGAUGGGCCCGACAGUUACUCUUUCCGCCGACACGUUGAACGUUUACAUGAAUUCUUAUGGAUAAAGGAUGAGGGAAUGUUAAUGAAUGGGACGAAUGGAGUCCAACUAUGGGACACCGCCUUCUUAAUUCAAGCUGUGGUCGUUGCGGGACUUGCGGACGAUCCCAAAUGGAAAUCAAUGCUACUAAAGGCUCUCGAGUUCGUUGAAGAUCAUCAGAUGCAAGAAACCAUUCCUCAAAAAGAAGAAUGCUAUCGAUUUGAAACGAAGGGAGGUUGGCCUUUCAGCACAAAGGUUCAAGGAUAUACCGUUAGUGAUUGUACCGCUGAGGGUCUACGGUCUUCUCUCCAGCUACAAAAGCAACUUGGAUAUCCGGCUCUGAUAUCCGACCGACGUUUGAAAGACGCUGUAGAUUGCCUUCUCAAGAUGCAGAACUCAAGCGGUGGGUUCCCAGAGUAUGAGCCUGCCCGAGCUUCUGAAUAUGUUGAAAUGCUCAAUGCCGCGGAAGUCUUUGGCGGAAUCAUGAUUGGAUACGCCUUCCCCGAGUGCACCACUGCUGUCGUCACGGCCUUGUCAUACUUUAGCAAAUUCUUCCCCGACUACCGGACUGAGGAAAUCAAAAAAAUACGUGAAGCUGCUGUGGAUUAUAUCCGGCGAGUGCAACGUCCCGAUGGCAGCUGGUACGGCAGCUGGGGUAUUUGCUUCACAUAUGCCGCUAUGUUCAGUCUGGAGAGUUUGGCUACCGUGGGAGAAACUUAUGCUACCAGCGAGCGCGCUCGCCGUGGUUGCGAGUUCCUUUUAUCCAAACAAAUGGAAGAUGGCGGCUGGGGUGAAUCAUACCUUAGCUGCUCAGAGAAGGUCUAUCAUCACUAUAAGUCGUCCCAGGUUGUGCAAACUUCGUGGGCCUGUCUUGCUUUGAUGGAAGCCGGUUAUCCUCACAAGGAGCCGUUGCAACGUGCAAUGAAGCUGCUCAUAUCACGACAGCAACCAAACGGCGAAUGGUUACAGGAUGGCAUCGAGGGGGUAUUCAAUAUGUCUUGCAUGAUUACCUAUCCCAACUACAAGUUCUACUUCCCAAUCCGUGCUCUCGGACUCUAUGCGAAGCAAUUCGGUGACGAGGAGCUACUCUAG